UUAACAUUUUUCGUUAUUGCGCCUGAAAAUAGAUACACGAAGGUAAAAUUUGCAAUGUCUGAUACAACCUUUUCAUCGACUCCGCCAGAACUACACUUAAUAGCCGAAGAAGCAGUCGAUAAUCUGUUACCGCCAAAAUCAAAAGGAGAGUAUGAAAAAGAAUACCUAAAAUUUAAAGAUUGGUGUGGCGCACAAAAUCUGACAGUGAUAAGUGAAAAUGUUUUGUUAGCAUUCUCUACAAUAAUGAGCAAGAGCUACAAAAGUUCUACGUUGUGGAAGAAUUACUCGAUGCUCCGAUCUAUGUUGAAAAUUCGAGAGAAUAUUGAUAUUUCUAAAUUUAUGAAACUGCAGGCAUUAUUAAGACGAACAUCAGUUGGAUAUGAGGCAAAGAAGUCUAAAAUAUUAGAAUAUCCUGAAAUAGAAAGAUUCAUUAAUGAAGCACCCAACACAAAGUAUUUGGCAGCGAAGGUAAUUCUAAUAAUUGGUUAUUUCGGAGCAUGCAGGCGGGAGGAACUAAAAAAUUUGCUUACGGAUGAUAUAGACUACAAGUCCGAUUCAAUUUUUGUGACGGUACCAAAAACCAAAACUAAACGUCCAAGGCUAUUUGCAAUUACAAAUGCAAUGUGGAUAGGCUUAAUCAAGGAGUAUGCUUGCUUAAGACCUGUACAUAUAACUCACAAACGGUUUUUCAUAUUUUAUCGACAAGGGCGUUGCACGGUGCAACCAAUUGGUUUGAACAAAGUAGGCGAGAUGCCCCGAAUUAUUGCAAGAUAUCUCAAGUUGCAGAACUGUGAUGAAUAUUCAGGGCAUUGCUUUCGCCGAUCAGCAGCAUCACACUUGGCGAACAAUGGUGCAGAUAUAAUGACACUGAAGCAACAUGGUGGGUGGAAAAGUUCAUCAACAGCAGAGGGUUACGUUGAUCAAUCUAAAAAAAAAGAAUUGAAGUCGCAGAGUUACUUUCGGUUUCGACUACUAAAUCCGAACAACCUCAAGCUGGACCCUCCACGAAACAAUGUACGUACUGUUACUAGCGGAGAACAAUCCACCCUCGAAUCCACCACUGUUAACUCGUUACAGAAUGUCCCCGGAAUUACUAUAAAUGCAGGUGAACAUUCCACGGUGACUGUUAAAAUUUAUAACAAUUGUUCUUUUAAGAACGAAAGUUAGGUUGAGGUUAGGUAAUUUAAUUUUAGCACAUUUUUAAG